AUGGUUGAUGAAGGUAUGGACAUGGAGGAAGGUUUCAAAGCCCUGCAGGAGCGGUACCGGCUGGGAUCGCUGCUGGGGCGCGGCGGCUUCGGCAGCGUCUUCGCAGCCACGCGGCUCUCGGACGGCGCCCCGGUGGCCAUCAAACGCGUGCCGAGGGAUCGCAUCCGGCACUGGGGCGAGCUGCCCGACGGCACCAGCGCACCCCUGGAGAUCGUGCUGCUGGCCAAGGUGUCCUGUGGCUGUGGCGGUAUCAUUCAGCUCCUGGAGUGGCUUGAGCUCCCCGACAGCUUCCUGCUGGUGCUGGAGCGUCCGGAGCGGUGCCAGGAGCUCUCGGGUUUCCUGGCAGAGCGGGGGUUCCUGCCGGAGGAGGAGGCGCGGGGGCUGUUCCGCCAGGUGCUGGAGGCCGUGCGGCACUGCACCAGCUGCGGGGUCCUGCACCGGGACAUCAAGCCCGAAAAUGUCCUGGUCGACCUGGCCAGCGGGCAGCUGAAACUGAUUGACUUUGGCUGUGGCGCCUUCCUCCAAGACACAGCCUACACCCAGUUUGCAGGAACCCUGUCCUACAGCCCACCAGAGUGGAUCCAGCACCAACGCUACCACGGCGAGGCAGCCACGAUCUGGUCCCUGGGCCUCCUGCUGUGCCACCUGGUCAUGGGGAAGCACCCGUUCAGGAGGGGCCAGGAGAUCAUCCGGGGGCGAAUCUUGUUCCCACAACGGCUCUCUCAAGUGUGCCAAGAUGUUAUUAAGAGGUGUUUGUCCAUGCAACCCUCGGACAGGCCAUCCUUAGAAGAACUUUUCUGUCAUCCUUGGGUGAAGGGUGUUUCCCUGCCCUAGAAGACUGAAGAAAUCCACGUGCACAGUUGGAUCCAGGGGCCUAGCAGGUACCAGCUCCAUGCAUCUCUUGGCAAUCAGUGGCAAAGCAAACCAGGCUGGUUUUGUCCUGCCUGUAGCUCCGAGCAGGGGUCAGCAGAAGGGAACAUGCAGCGCUUGGGCUGGAGCUGAGCUGGAGACCCGGUGUGACAAGCACUGGUGGCCACCAUCCCCUGGUUUUGUUUGUAUGGUUCAUGGAUGGCUGGGGCCCUGGGCAGAGCCCUGACAGCCUGGUCUGACCCCAGGGAAGGGAAAGGAGCCCCUGGAGAAGCUGUUCCAAGCAGGGCUGCUGCUGGAGACACCAAGGACAACCUCAAGGAUGACAAUCUCUUCUUGGCCUGGCCAGCUGAAGAUGAUGGACUUGGAUUCUGGCACCUUCUUCAAAGCCAGGCUCCAGGUCCAAUUUGCAGCCGGGCUCUGCGGGUGCUGAG